AGAUAUGGAGAUAGUUUGUGAGCGGUUCACAACCAGUAAACUAAACAAGUUUGAAGAUCUGAAUGCCAUAGCAACAUAUGGUUUCCGUGGUGAGGCUCUGGCUUCCAUAAGUCAUGUAGCCCAUGUUACCAUAACAACCAGAACAGCUGACUCCAAAUGUGCAUACAGAGGAAGUUACUGUGAUGGCAAGUUGAAGGCCCCAGUUAAGCCUUGUGCUGGUAAUGUAGGAACCCAGAUCACAGUUGAAGAUUUAUUUUACAAUGUAACUACAAGAAGAAAAGCACUGAGGAGUCCAGCUGAAGAGCAUUCCAAAGUUGUGGAAGUCAUGAGCAGGUAUGCCAUCCACAAUGCUAAAGUUGGGUUUACUUUGAAGAAGCACAGGGACAGCGUGGCGGAUGUGAGAACCCCCCAGGGCUCAACACCACUGGACAACAUCAGGACUAUAUAUGGAGCCAGUGUCGCCAGAGAACUCCUUGAAGUACACCAUGAGGACUCCAAACUUACGUUUAAAGUUGAUGGAUACAUCAGCAAUGCCAACUACUCAGUGAAAAAAUGCAUAUUUUUGCUGUUCAUCAAUCACCGUCUGGUGGAUUCCAGUGCUCUACGCAAGGCAAUUGAAGCUGUGUAUGUGGCUUACCUCCCAAAGAACAUGCAUCCCUUUAUAUACCUCAG